CGUCAGUAUAGAAUUAACAUUUCAUCGUGAUGUAUACUUUUACCUGAUCCAUGCGAAAUGCUGAAUGAGUUACGUGUGAAUCUUGAUGUGUGAACUCUACCCAGAGCUUUCAGCAAUAGUGGAAGAGGGAAAAAUAGUCAUUGUUGGUGAGGAAUUAGUUCAACUGGAGCAGUUGUGGAAUUCAAAAUUUUCCAUUGGCAGAUUGUGGAUCACGAAAUUACUUGAGUCGAGUUGUUGAAUGGAUUUUGGUCGGUGAAUAUCAACUGAUUAUUUGUUGGGGGAUCGAAGGAUGUCGAGGAGAACGGUGAGCAAUUUUUCGCAUCUUCUGGAGGAGGAAAAUACAAUUCACUCGGAUAUUCACGGGCGGCGAAUAACGGUGCAUGGGGAAGAUGGAGUCCAGGGCACCUAUGCUGAAUGGAGACAAAGAGGAAGCAAUCUACCACGACAAUUGUCACUGCAGGAAUCCUCUUGGGGAUGUGAAGUGAGCAUAUCCUCCGCCCGCGCAUCGGUGAUGGUCUACGACGACGGUAUCAAACGAUGGAUACCCAGUGGCAGUUCGUCGGGCCUUUCAAAAGUACAGCUGUACCAUCACGUUGUUCACAAUACAUUUCGCGUUGUUGGACGAAAGCUCCAGGACCACGAGAUCGUUAUCAACUGCGCAAUACUGAGGGGACUCAAGUACAAUCAGGCUACGGGUACGUUUCACCAGUGGCGAGACAACAAUCAAGUAUAUGGACUGAAUUUUUCGAGUAAGGAUGAUGCGGAUGCCUUUGCUAAAGCAAUGCUCCAGACACUUGAUGUGCUGAACAAUGGGAGUAACAUAUCGAGAAGUCUUGUUCCAACUGUCACGCCGGCUGGUCAGCAACAACAGCAACAGCAACAGCAGCAGCAGCAGACUGUCUACUCUCAACAACCUCAGCAGCAGCAGCCACCGCCGUCUCAGGGGGCGACCCAGUACGAGGAGGACAUGGGAUAUAGUAAAUCCCAGGGUCAGUGCACAGUGGACACUGUAACACGCAUCUCACUAUCACUCGGUCAACAGUUUGCGGGGGGUACAACGUCCUCCUCAGUGCCCUCGACUCCCACCCUAAAUCAGAAUCAUCACCCAUCCAUUAAUAAUGCUGUCAACAUCACAGCGCCUGUUACGAGGACCAUGACUAAGGAAGACGUUGCCAUUAUUCAGGAGCGUAGAAUGUCUCAACAGAGUCAAGGUUCAAACGGAGCUCUGGCAGUGUCUCCAAGCUACCAAGUCCAGCCACAAACCCAGCAGCAGCAGGUGCCUCCGCAACAGCAGCAGCAGCAGCAAGCUCAGCAGCAGCAACAGCAGCAGCAGCAAUCAGGCCACCACAGAACGUCUUCAGCGCCUCCAGCGCCUCAGCCCCAGGCGCCUCCAAUGCCCGGCCCCAUGACAGCCCUCAGGCCGCAAAUUUCGGGUCCCCCAGCACCCCCUCCAGCACCCCCAGCGCCUCCCUGUCCACCCGCGAUGAUGAACCUCAACUCAGCCCCAGUGCCACCCCUCAUGAUUACUCAGUACGCACAAUCACCCUCCCAGUGCAACCUGUCCAAUCAAUCCACCCAGCAGUCACCCUCGAUCUAUGGUAGUAAUCAAAAUCAGUAUACAAAUAAUCAGAAUCAGUAUUCAGUAUCGGGUAGUCAGCCAAAUCUCUAUGGAAGUAAUGCUAAUUUUCAAGCUAAUCAGUAUGCAAGCAGUCAAAAUUCACAGUACGGUGGUAGCCAAUAUGGCAGUAGUAAUUCGAUAAAUCAGUAUGCCAGUACACCGAGUCAGUAUGCCCAGGGACAGGCCCAGUACACUGCUACUGGACAGGGACAGGGACAAUAUGGACAGACUGGAAAUGUUAAUCCUUAUGGUACCCCAGUGAAUAACGUGAAUCAGUAUGCCAGCGGUGGUGCACAGCCUGCUAAUGCAUAUACACCGGUUGCAAACACCGGUGGACCACCACCACCUCCAAUGGGACCGCUCGGAGGUCCCGCUGCUCCACCACCACCCCCACCCCCACCCGUACCCAAUAGCUGUGCUAAUGUUACGUCCAACUGUGAACCAGCGCCUGAUGUUAAUUCACUUGCAGCUGCUCUGCAGGCUGCCAGAUUGAAAAAAAAACAGCAAGCCCAGCCAGUUGAAAACAGUGGUUCCAGCACGAGCAGCAGUGGAAGCGGCGGUGGUGGUAAUUAUGGAACCAUUGGACGUGGUGGUGGCGGUGGUAUGGCCUCGAUGAUGGACGAAAUGGCAAAGACACUGGCUCGUCGUCGUGCUGCUGUCGAGAAGAAACAGCCCGAGCAACCACCAGAGCCAGAGAGUUCUCCAGACAAGAAAUCAUGGGACAAGAGUAAUGCAUCGAAUAAUAAAUUUUCAAAUGGCGCAGAGUCACCAAAAUCAGCUCGGAAGAGAUUUGGCUCAGCAUCGGAAGACACCCUUCUCAAGGUCAAUGGUAUUAAUGAGGGGGCUUUUCUCACUGCUCAAGAAAUGGAAGCUUUUAAAGCCGAAAUCAUCAAGGAAGUUAAAAAGGAGUUUCAAAAAAUGAAAACUGACAUUGUUGAAGCUCUGAAAGUCGAACUCAGCAGAAGAUAGGUGAACUACAGCAUCAUCGACAUCAACAUACGAGGUUUUUAAUAAAACAAUAAUAAUAAUACUAUUGAUAAUAACGAUAAAAAACAUUCGAGGAUAAACGGAAAGAGAUGCAAGCGCAAAAAUCGUGUAGCAAUAUCCGUGUAUAUCAGCCAUUUGUGUGUAAGUACUUUAAUCUUAGAUUAGUGAAAUUGAAGUUUUCAAUGCCCCAAUCUGUCAUUGAUAAUUGACGAGGAGAUAAUAAUUGGACCAAUUGAGCUGUCACUGAAAUUACCAACGCACAUUUAUCAAAUAUUUUACUUGAAUUUCUGUUAGAGAUGUGACUGUUGGAACAGUAUGCCUUUAUUACUGUAAAAUCAUUCGAUAAUUUUAAGGAUUUUUUAACGUUUCAUUGAAUGGGACUUUCUCAGCUUGAUUGGUCCCGCGCGGUAUAAUGUAGCUUAGUCGUCGUUGAUUAAUUUAUUGAAGUUCAAUCUAAAUCAAACAGACGAUUUAAUGCACAAAAAUGUACAGUUCACCAGUGGUCGUGACAUAAAUUUUUGUAAUUCACAUAUUACAUUCUGUUCUCCAGUAAUUUUUUUAUUAAAAAUAAUGAGCGCUAAAGUUAUUCAAGAUUGCAUUUAACGAGGUACAUAUCACGAUCAUUCUGAUACAUUCCGUUGAAUUGUUCUUCAGACUGAUGACGCAAAAAAAUUCAGGUCAUGCUUCAAUCCUGUCGGAUUAUUUAUGUGAUUCAUUAAUUAUUAGUUAAUUGGACAUAUCCAAGAUCUGCGUAGUGUUGACUUGGGUUUAUUCAAACAGUUCGCGAAAUCUGAAAAAAAAAACUAAAUGAAAAGCACCAAUUGUUUUUAUUGGAACAAGUGUCGAUUGGUGAAUGAACUUAUUAUUUUCGAGAAAUCGUUCGCACAAGGCUUUACAUAUUAAUAUCUCAUUGGCGAGUAAACGAGGGAGGCAUGGUAAUCUAAAUUUUAAUUGCGAAAAAACUCAUUCGUUUUCUGAAUAACUCAAUUCUAUCUACUCAAUCGUGAUUAAUCGUAAGAAUGCAUAAUUUGAUGGUUUUUUUACAGACACGUACUGAUUCUAAAAUUCUUCACACUUUAGUUGCCUUCAAGACUGAAUCGGAAGAAAACAAUCUCAAUAAUGUAAAUAAACCGAAUGUGAUUGAUAUGUGGUGAUCCAUCACGUCACAUAAAGCCUAGUGGUCCUCUGUGCACUGUUAAAUACAGCACAAAAAAUGAAGCAGUAUGGAACGAUAAUCUAAGCUAAUUAAUAGCUUUUGAUAUAAUUUAUUCAGCGACUAAAAUUACGAAAACAAUGUGCACUUGAUUAUCCAACUGACGACUGAAAUUCGUAUUAACUGAGGGGAGGCUGCGGUAAAAUUUAUGUAUCGUGGAAGCUGAUAAUUUUUUUUCCCGCAUUCUCAGCUCAAACACAGAUAUAAAAUCCCUUCCAUUUUUUUACUUUUACGAGGACAUUUUAAUCCGAUAAUUUUUGUAAUAAUUUGGUGAUAGUUAUAAAUGAAUAAUUGGCGAGAAAAAUGUUUACUAUAAAGUUAAUAAUAUUUCAAAGGCUGAUCGCUGUAUUUACACAAUUUCCACGCACCCAAAUGCACAUGCUUCUGCUAAAGGUUUACAGCUGUAUUACACCAUGCAAAAAAAAAAUAUAAAAACGCUUGAUAGAUUUUAUAUUUAAUCGAUGACACGGGGAAAUAAGUAUUUGUGUUCGAUUGAUAUGUCGAAUAAUCCUAGAUACGCUUGUCCCUUGGUCAUUCACACAAACGCAAAUGUAAAUGCAAGAGAAAUUGGAUUGAUCAUCUGAGUAAGAUUGACGGGAUGGGGGGUAUCUCUUAGCUUGUGAAAUUGAUUAAAAUAUCGUGAAAAUAAAUUGAGGAGUAGAAUAACUCUCUACACCGGGCAGAAUAAAUGUUUCUUUCUUUUCUGAUAUUUUCAAUUGACAGUUGACUAUUUCGAAGAGAAAAUUGUUCUUUAUAAUUCAGACAUAAUGAAUAAUAUUUUCCUUGACACGAGUUUUCCGUUUCGUAAUAAAAUUAACCGUUAAUAAUAUUAUUUCAUAUAUUUUAUAACGAUCUUGUAAAUAUAAUUAGUAUAUCUUCCACACUAAAUAUUUAUUUUCAUCCAUUCUAUUCCUAUUAACGUAAAUUAGAUCAUUCGAGUGUAGUUCGAGGUGAAUAAUUGAUUUCACCGAGCACUUGUGAAGUUUUUUCGUGUCUCGUUAGGACAGUAACGAUGGGUUGUGCACUAGGAGGCGUUAGACAAAUUUAAUUCGUAAAAUGAAGCGCUAUGAACUAUUGAAACCCUGAGAAUCAUCGGGCGAACCGGACGAGAUACCAUUAAGUUGCUUGCAAUAGAUGUAAUUGUUUUUUUUUCUCGUGAAAUUAUCCGUUACAAUUUGUAUUGCAUAUUGUGAUAUACUUUUUAUAAUGAAGAGAUUGAUUGCUCUCAACACAGAUUUUUUUUUCUUGAUACGUGGAAAAUUAAAUGGCAUUUGCAGUUCAAUUCGCAAUUGAGCAAAAAUCGUUCAGAGGUAGUCGAAUCAUUCGACAAAUGAGGUUUUCGUGGGAUCAGAAUUUUAUUAAAACUCACUGCUACCACAUGUAGACGAAUAAAUUCUAGUGUAAUUUUGUAUUUUUGUACUUUUGCGAUUCAUUGAACUUGCUGGAUUCUAAAGGAAUCGAUUCUCAUGGAGAUUUCGAUCGUUAUCGAUGGUGAAAAUGCUUUGAACUUGACUGCGCAAUUUUUCUUUCACUCGUUUAUUAUGUCUAGUGAAGUAAGUGCGAAAUAUUUUUUAUUCAUUGCGAAAUUAUUAUCUUUAUUCGCCGAAUGAUUCGUUUGGGAGUGCCUCUGUAAGCUACAGGCGAAUCUAUCUUUGCUGAUAUUUUGCUGUUAUUUCGAUUUGAUGAUUGAGGAUGUUCAAGAGUAUGGGAAGUGCAGUGAUAGUGAUGGGGAAGGAUAAUUUUAUUGGCAUAAUUGCGUCAUAAUUUAUAUUGUUUCGCUGGUAAUUUUGUAAGAAAUGAAGAGAAGGAAAAUCUUGAAUAUCCUCCAGGUCCAUUGGUCGCCCCGAACUCCCAACACCGUGGGAAAAUACUGUUGACUCUUCACCUCCCCCUAAUUUUUAUUUAAUAAAUAAACAACAUUAGCAGUGUGGAAAGUCAGGAAGUAUAAAUAUUAAAAAGAAAAAAAAAUGAGAAAAGUAUGAAGCGAUUUGACAACGCCACAUAGUAUUUGAAAUCUAGAUGGUAAGUUAUGUAAAAGUAAUUUGUAUCAAGGCAUAGAUAUAAAUUUGCAAAAUCGUACAUAAUUCAGCGAUGAGCUGGUGAGUGAGAGAUCCACUGAUAAUGACAGAGGAGUGAAAAAUUAAUCGAGCGAUUCAGAACUUUUACCGCCGAUUGAGAAACGCGAGGUGAAGGAACGAAAUUAUUUGUAUGUAAAUGAACGACAAACAAUAAAAGUAUCGUAUACCUAUA